AACACUGGUGGGGUUAGCGGUUCGGAGAGGGGGAGGAAUUAAAUUUCACUCAUAGUUAGUGAUGAAAUUUGGUAUCUAAUUUCCCUGGUCCAUAGCACUUCGUUCUUGGGACACCGCCCCCUUCCGCGGCCACUCAAGUUUCUUCAUUCUCCAAUCCCUCCGCAAAACUCCUUCAAAUCACUCCACGCCUUCAUCGCGGCCACUUUUCCCAGGCUCAAGCGCAGGGGAGGCAGGGCUUCCUGAGCAAGAGGAGAAGCAUCAUUACAGCCGUCGACCAAUUGCAGCGCGGCUCCUCCCAGCGGUUCUGAUUGAAAUUUGCGCCCGCGGAAGACUUUGCAGGGAAUUUGAGCAAGUGUGAGGGGUAAGCUUGCCGCGUCUGUCCCGGAUCGGACCUGCCUGCAUCCACGGGCUCCACCGGGACUGAGCCUAGCUGGGAAAGGUAGCGGCUCGAAACUGCAGCCAUGAGUGAGGUGCUGUCUGUGGAAUCAAUGGCAUAUCUCUACAAAGCUCUGAGCUUCCUUCAGGAUCUCUUUGAGUCAAUGGGGAUCCCAGAAGACCAGAGGCUAGAGAGGACAGAAGGGGUGAAAAGCCUUUUGGACGUGAUAAUUGCAGAGGAAGAGAAUAAGAAGAUGAGGCUUCUGGAAAGCAUAGCAUUACAUCGAAAACAACUAGACAGUCUGUGCUUUGAAUUAAAUGUGGAACAUUUUCAAGAGGAAGAUGGCAUCGCCAUGCUGCAGCUGGAGAAGGACUUAUGCAUCCAGCUGGAAGUCAGAUUAAAGCAGAAGGAGGAUAGGAAGCGUGAGCUGAAAAGGCUUCAAGAACAAGACCAGGCCUUCUGCGAGCUGCUCCACACCACCCCCUACAGCAUGGGCAGGGACUCGGUGCCCAGCUUGGAGGAGCUGGACCAGUUCAGAUGCUACUUGGCAAGCCUGGCUGAAACAAAGGCAUGCAGACAGGAGGAAUUUGUCAGCGCAAAGAAGCAGAUCCUACUCCUUGUGGAAGAGUUAGAUUAUACCCCAGACACAAGUGUUGAAAAGGAUGUUUUAUGUGAAGAUGAAGAUAUCUCUGAUCUGUCAUUGGAAAAACUUGCAUCUCUGCAUGACCUGCUUCAUCAGUUAGAGGUGCUGAGAGCUGAGAAUGAGAUUGUGUGUGAAGAACUACACUCUCAAAUCCAAAAGCUCUGGGACAAGUUACAAGUUCCUUAUGAGGAGAGAGAAGCCCUGGCUACAUUCAUGACUGGGUCAAUACCCAAGAGGAGAAAAGCGCUUCAGUCAGAAGCAGAUCGGCUGGAAGAGCUGAAGAUUCAGAACCUGAAAAAAGUGAUUGAAGCUGUCAGAGAGGAGCUGACUCUAUAUUGGGAAAAGUGUUUCUACAGCCAGGAGCAGAGAGAAAUCUUUGCCCCCUACUAUGAUGAAGACUACUCAGAGACUUUGCUCCAACUCCACGAUGCUGAGGUGGUGCAGUUGAAACGUUACUAUGAGGUGCACAGAGAGCUCUUUGAAGGCAUCGAGAAGUGGGAAGAAAACUGGAAGCUCUUCUUGGAGUUUGAGAGAAGAGCUUCAGAUCCAAGUCGUUUUAUUAACCGCGGUGGAAACCUCCUGAAGGAGGAAAAGCAAAGAGCCAGGCUCCAAAAAACUUUCCUUAAGCUGGAAGAGGAGUUGAAAGCACAAAUUGAACUGUGGGAACAAGAAUAUUCAAAGGACUUUGUGGUGAAUGGGCAGAAAUUCAUGGAGUAUGUGAUGGAGCAGUGGCAGAUGCAUCGUUUGGAGAAAGAGAAAGCAAAGCAGGAGAGACAUCUAAAGAAGAGCCAACAGAUAGAAGUUGAAAUGUUUUAUGGCAGUACACCUAAAAUUCCUAGCAAGAGGGAAAGCCUGGGAUCCAAAAUAACAGGCAAAGUUCUCAAGUCAUCCUGGAAUAUUGGUUCCCUGGGGCAAAAGACGCUGAAUACCAGCCAACGGGAGCACAACAGGACCAUUGACUUGGAUGAGACUAUUCUGAACAAUGGAUAUUCUCAGCUAUCCCCACUCCAGGGAAACUUCCAGAUUCAUUCUGUUGCCAGCACGUAUUCUGAAUUUGUGGAUGGUUCUUUUGAUAGAGGAAGGGUGAAGAAUAUAUUUAGAAAUGAAGGUGAUAUAAAAACAGAAGGUAUCAAUAAAAUUAAAAAGGAGAAAAAACUUGAACUUCAGAAUUGGAUCUUUCUGAGACAGGUUGGCUGUAGGAAGAGAACCUGCAUCACUUUUCCAGUGGCCACCCUGUUCUCUUGGUGACCAUCUCAGUCCUUUCUUUUGUGGAAGGAACUCACUUUCCUUCCAGCUUCUUAUCUGUCAGAUCUCAGGCUUGUGUGGCAGUCCUUGCACGUCCCUUCUUUCAGAGUGACCUAAUAAUAUCUGCUGAUUUCAUUAUCAUCCGAGUAGAGCUUUAUAAGAGCCAGUCCUCUCUGACUCACUGGGACAGCCUCCUAAAUUUAGGAAAACCAACAACAAAAACCCUAGUUGUUUUUUGAGUAUUUAACAUUUAAAAUCUAGUUUUCUGUGGAAACAUGUUGCUCCAAUUUAAUGUAGAUUUUUAGCCCUGCUUAGAUGCACCAAAGCAUCUUAAUAGAAGCUUUAUUUAGUAAGGGUCACCUCCUCUAGCUGUAACUGAAUUCCAUUAAAAGAAUAGCA